AUGUGCCAGAGGACCAGGCGUCCGAAUCCUCGUGUGGAGCUCUUCGCAAUUGCGCAGCUUCAGGCGGAAGAAGCCCGGAGGGAGGAGGCAGCAAAGCGCAAGGCAGGAGUCUCUGCGAUGCCUUCUCCUGACUUUGGGAACGUCGGAAAGGUUGGCCUGGAUGGCUGGGAGGAAGAUCCCUCAAGCGGCAGCACCCAGGUGGAUGCCUCCAAUAUGGAUGGUGGCACGCUGCCGUUCCAGAAUGCAGACAUGCCGGACAAUGGCUUCCCAGAUAUGACCAGUCUAGAUCACCUGCAUGAGCCGGCAUUGCUGCACAACUUGCGGCGGCGCUUUUUUUCUCAAGCGUGCCCAUACACGUACACUGCAGAUAUUGUUAUAGCCAUGAAUCCGUACCGAUGGUUUCCUCAACUGUAUACGGAUGAGAUGCGGAAAGAGUAUUUGGUGUAUGACCGGGCAAAGCUUGACCCCCACGUGUACACAACGUCGUCACUGGCAUAUUCAGGAUUGCAAGAAUCAAAGUCCAAUCAGACGAUAUUGGUCUCUGGCGAGUCCGGCGCGGGCAAGACCGAGACAGUGAAGAUUUUGAUGGCUCAUUUGGCUUUCAUGGCUUCUUCAGACGACGCGUCGCACAUUCGACGCAUCGUAGAGUCCAACCCUUUGCUGGAGUCCUUUGGCAAUGCGCAAACAGUGCGCAACGAUAACUCCAGUCGGUUUGGGAAGUUCAUUGAGCUGCAGCUGAACAGCGAGUGCCGGCUGGAAGGCUCAAAAUGUCGAACCUAUCUUUUGGAGAAGUCGCGCGUGGUAAGCCAGGAUUCCGGCGAGCGGAACUUCCACAUUUUCUAUCAGAUGCUGGCGGCUGACUCCGAAACCCGGACAGCUAUUGGCCUUGGAGAUGCAUCUUUGUGCCGAGACUCCUUGCGGUAUACCAGCAUGGGCGCCUCUAAGACAGACACCAUCGAGGGCAAGACAGAUGCCCAGCGAUUCCAAGGGACCGUAUCGGCCCUGGCCUUGCUGGCCAUUGAUGGCCCAAAGCUCACGCGCUUGCUGAGAGCAUUGGCUGCAGUCCUUUUGUUGGGACAGUUGGAAUUCGCCGGGAGUGAGGAGGCCUCCGCCUUGACGGAGGCAUCCAAACAAGCCGCUGCCACUGCCGCAGAGGUGCUCGCGGUGGAUGCCACAGAGCUGGAGCGAUCGCUCACCCACCGCACCAUCAGGAUGCGGAACGAGUCGGUGGUGAAGCAACUUCCGCCCUCGAGCGCUACAGGAAACCGUGAUGCGCUUGCAAAGGAGGUUUAUGCCAGAGUGUUUGAUUGGCUGGUCGAGCAGAUCUGCAUAGCCACUUGCGCUCCGUCGGAUCAAGCAAAGACAUUUGUAGGUUUGCUGGACAUUUUCGGGUUUGAGUCCUUUGCUAUCAACCGGUUCGAGCAGCUUUGCAUAAACUAUGCCAAUGAAAAGCUGCAGCAGAAGUUCACCCAUGAUGUUUUCAAGGCUGUGCAGCAGGAAUAUACUGCUGAGGGCAUACCUUGGGAUCGCAUUGAAUUCAAAGACAACGCGCCGAUCCUGGCUUUGAUUGAGUCAAAACUGGGCAUCAUAGCCAUGCUUAACGAGGAGUGUGUUCGGCCAAAGGGGUCGAACCAGAACUUUGUAUCCAAGCUGGUGUCAGUCCACAAAGAGGACCCUGCAUUUUCAGCACCAAAACUAGGGAAGAUGCGCGAGCUCCAAUUCAGCAUUCGCCACUAUGCUGGCGAGGUGAUGUACACGUCCGAGGGCUGGCUGGAUCGCAACAAUGAUGCGGUCUCAGAGGACCUGGUCUUUCUCAUGCGCAGCUCCGGCAAUGAACUGCUGGCCUCUCUGUUUCAGGAGGAUUCAAAAGGAAAGAGAGAUACGGUUGUCACCAAGUUCAAGAGUUCUCUAUCACAGCUGAUGGACACGAUUGGGCAGACGGGUACCCAAUACGUGAGGUGCAUCAAGCCAAAUCAGACCAAGUCGGCAGCAGAGGUCAACAACGAUAUGGUUGUGGACCAGCUGCGCUGCGCCGGUGUGAUCGAGGCCAUCCGCAUCUCCCGGGCCGGGUUUCCUGCCAGGAUGCCGCUGAAGGACUUCAGCCAGCGCUUCCACCUGCUGGUGCAGAGCUACUCCUCCAAGCGCUUGGCACAGUUCUCUUUGCGCACGCCGGUGGUCUUGGGCACGGAUGAAGUUGCCAACUGCCGAAAACUAUUGGCAUCCUUACUGGGCGCAGAUGAGCAAUAUCAGGUUGGGCGCACCCGCGUUUACUUCAAGACCGGCGUGCUUGAGUCGCUGGAAGAAAGGAGGGCGCUGUUGAUCCAGGCCGCUGCGGUGGAGCUGGGCCGAAUGGUACGCGGGCAUCAGACGAAGCGCUUGUUCCGGCGCAUGCAGCACAUUGCCAGGCGCGUGCAGGCGAUCUGGAGGAUGAACCUGGCAAGAAACGUUUAUCGGCGGAUACGGCGAGUCAUCCUUCUUUGCCAGGCGCGGCGCCGGGCGGUUCUGGCUGCGCGGCGGCUACACCAGCUCCGGCGCCAGCGCGCUGCCACGAAGAUCCAGGCGCAGUGGCGCCGACGCCGGGCCAUGAAGGAGCUGGAAUCUGCUCGAGGUGCCGCCAUCCGCAUACAGGCGCUGGCAAGGUGCUGGCUUUGUCGACGCCAUUUUCAGGUAAGCUUGGCCGAGUUCAAGGAACAGGCCAAGCUGGAGAAUCAAGUGAAAGCUCUGAAGGCAAAGCUGGAGGCCCAGGAACGGGCUGCAGCUGCCAAUGCCAAUUCGGCUGCUGCCAAUUCGGGCGACGCAAACUCGGGCGAGGCGCAGGCUCCGGCAGAGAUCCUGGAGGCACUGCAGGCCCUGGGCGCGGAGAAUGCCAAGCUGCACAUGGAGCUGGACCGCCUGCGGGAGGAGAACGACAAGCUUCGCAGGGAGAACCAGAAGCUUCGCGCCGCAGAUACCGCCCGGGGCGCAAAGUUGGCAUCGUACAGCCGCUCCAAGAAGUAUGCAGACGAUGAUCACAGAGGACGCGGUGACAACUCCUCUGAGUGCGGCCGGGAGGAGCGUCAAGACCAAGACAACAGCCCACGGAAUGCUCCGGAGACCCCAGCGGAAGCUGUAACAGCAGUGCGUUCCAUGCAGAUAUAUCCACCGCUGAACGAGUUUUGGGAGGACGUGCCGUGCAUGGGCAUACCUCACUUGGAAACUGGGUCCUUGGUACACAUCAAGCUGGGGCAGAACAUUCUCUUCGUGGACAUCCAUGGCAAGAGUCUGAUGUGGCAGGCGUGGAUGCACAACCACGCCGGCUACAGAAAUUGUAUGGGAUUUAUCGUGGAGAGAUGCUCAGAGCAAGACCAAAAGCAGAAGGCCAAGAGGUCAUCGAUUUGGGGUAGCUCACCCAAAGAUGCUUCGCAUCGAGCUUGUCACGACGGGCAAAGUAUCGGCGAUGCAUUUGUUCUUCGGUCAAGCUGGACCAGGAAGUAUGUGAAGAUGGGGGGCUUGUUGGACUGGUACUGCCUACAAGUCUCAGGCAAGAGUGCGGAUGAUGCGGCCGUAUUCACCUACAAGCCUUUGUACUGCGGUGAAAGCAGCCAGGCGGAGUCCUACAGUUUCGCUCUAAAGCUGCAUGGGAAGGACAAAUACCUUUGCCUGCAGAGCGAUGGGGCUGUUGCCAUGGAGAAGGUUGGAGAUGUGGACAGCGCGUCUAACAAGCCGAACUUGAUCGCUGGCUUGGAAUGCCUUUUGCCUGCUACCUCCUACGAUAUUGUCAUCUACGAUCAGCAGAUUGGCCUCACCGUGAGCAAAGAUUUGCCACUUCGAGUCGUGGGCUUCAAAAAUGUGCAGAACUCGGGACCUCCGGAAGCAGGCCCCGCGGAAGCGAGCGGCCGCGUGCGCUUGGGUGAUGUGAUCACCAAUGUCAACGGACAGGACGUUACGCGAUCUCAGCGUGAAGAUGUGUUGCACCUCAUCAACGCUGACCGACCAGUAACUUUGCGCUUUCUGUCGAUUGACCCAACAUGA